AUGUACAGUUCGUUUGCAGAAUCCCAUGAAUUAUCAGACAAUGAAUUGUCACACAAAGUUCCCAAUGUUUACCUACUACUGAAAGAGUCGAUUCCAUUCGAUGUGACCAAAAUGUUUUGCUGGCAAUCGAUGAACAAAUUGGUUGAACAGAGUGACGAUAACAUGCCAUCAACGGUGUUCAAUCAAUUGCCGCACUUUUCUAAUACAAAACUCGCAGAUCUUUAUGGUCUUAAGGCUAACCUCACUUUUACAUACUAUUUAAACCAAGGUCGAGUAGUUGAGGCCUACAAUAGGUUUAUAGUGAAUCGCAAAGUUUUGAACUCCAAGAGCAUAGAGUUGGCCUGUCGUCGGGCAGCUCUGGUCGCCUACAACGACACCACCGACUAUCACAUCGCCGUAGACAACGAAUCCUUACUUAGGGAUCAUCGCCUCAACAUAUUCUUCAUUCAGGCUGAGUUGCCAAUAAUUUACAGUUCGUUUGCAGAAUCCCAUGAAUUAUCAGACAAUGAAUUGUCGCACAAAGUUCCCAAUGUUUACCUACUACUGAAAGAGUCGAUUCCAUUCGAUGUGACCAAAAUGUUUUGCUGGCAAUCGAUGAACAAAUUGGUUGAACAGAGUGACGAUAACAUGCCAUCAAUGGUGUUCAAUCAAUUGCCGCACUUUUCUAAUACAAAACUCGCAGAUCUUUAUGGUCUUAAGGCUAACCUCACUUUUACAUACUAUUUAAACCAAGGGCGAGUAGUUGAGGCCUACAAUAGGUUUAUAGUGAAUCGCAAAGUUUUGAACUCCAAGAGCAUAGAGUUGGCCUGUCGUCGGGCAGCUCUGGUCGCCUACAACGACACCACCGACUAUCACAUCGCCGUCUCUUGUGUUGUAUUUCAACAGCUAUUGUGUGAUGAUUCGACCCAAACCUUACUUCACUUAUCGAUUGCCAAUAUAGUCAUGUCAUAUGCCGCAGAUUUUCUGGGACUCAAUGCUAGACAACAACAAACAGAACUCUCGAAUCUUCUCAAAAGAUCUCAUUAUUAUAGCGACAAAAGAUCGUCCGGAAAGUUGUUGCAGUUGGCGGUGACGGCCAUCACUCGAAAGUACAGGAAUUUUAUGAACAUUCAAAUUGAAGAGUGUUUUGACUGGAAAAUAACCAUUAGAUUCGCUGAACUCCACGGACUGGAACUACCUUUGGAUCUGUUGAACAAAUGUGCCGCUUCUGACAAUUGGCUCGUAUUUACAAUUUGUUGUCAAUUACAUCAAUACCCAAAAGAAUUGGUUUUCAAUUCUCUAAAACAAUUCAAUAACGAAUGCAUUUCCGAUCAUUUAUAUAAAGCUUUCCAAAGCUCUAACACAAUCCUAAUGGACAGCGAGAGUAGCGAUAACUCAAAGAUUUUGAACAGAAAAGAGAGUCAAAAGCGAUCGAACAAACACCUGAGGAAUGUUCUCUAUUCACGAAUUGGGUUGAGUAGAGCCCAAGACAUACCCGACAGUCCUAACCCGAGAUACCCGAAGAAUUCCUUUCGUAACAGUAGUAUUGGUUCCCCUAUAGCCAUGGACAACGAUGACAUGUCUAUUGCCAGCGAAACAACUGAUUAUAACGGAAUCGAAACCAUUUCAGUGGUUUCCAGUUCUAAUGCCAGUGAUGGCGAAGAGAUGCCUAAUCUAAAUGCAAACAAUUGUCCGAAAGACUUGUUUCAAUUGGUGCUAAGCUUUCAAACAGACUCGUCAUACGACCCCCGAAAACCUCUCAUGCAUUCAAGUAUUCCUCUUUCAAAUCCUAUACUUUGUUUGAUCGCAUGUUCCGCCGAUUAUGGAUCACAAAAAUUCAAUACAUUCAGUGCCUUCUCGAGUUGGCUCUUGGCUUCAAUGGACACCGAAAUUCUUUUGUUGCGAGACUUCGAGUUCGCCAGAAUUCAGGACAGCUUUUCAGACGGAAAGCUAUUAUCGGCCAAAAUUGAUGUCGAGCACGGAUUCAAAGCCACAAAUGAGACCUAUUGUGCGAUUGUAAAGACUGUGAUAUCAAAUCUUCAGCACAACGGUUACUUCAUUGAAGCCCGAAAUUUUGCAAAUAAUGCCGAAAUAGAGUCCAUAGAUUUGAUUAUCAAUGAGUGGACUCUGAGAGCGGCUCAUAAUUUGGACUCAUUUGAGUUUUGGAUUAAUUGUUGGGAUAGUCUGACAGCAAUCGAUGAUUCAUUGGUCUCAUCGUUCAAAGUGUUUAAUAAGUUUUUAUCACAGAUUCCUUCUCUUACUAUCAAAUCGUAUUUGAUAUUCAAAUGUCUGAUCGCAUCACAACAUUUCGACAAUCAAAGAGAGAGUUCUGCUUUCGAAGUAAUGCUCUGGAAAUGUAUCGUUCAAAUUGAAAACAAUGUUAUGGACUGUGAGAAUGACAACAACAUCUGGUCCAGGAUUUGGUCCGAUAUAAUAGAACCAAAUAAAACAUUGGAUAAAGUGAUCGAAAAGUUAUUGAACAAUAGUUGUAUCGAAAAAGCACAUGAAGUGAGUCUUCUCUUCCAGUAUAGUCAUCAGGAUUUGGAUAUUAUUUUGGCUUGUGAUAAUAUGGCCAAAGGUUUGAUCCGAAAUCUAUCAGAAGCUCCGCUGAGCGUUCAGCUCAAGACCAAAGCCACUGAAAAGCUUCAUAAAACCGAUCUGAGUUCAGAUUUUACUUCACAUCAGAAAGAGUUGAUUGGUAUCAUUGAAAGUAUGAGCAGUUUGUCAACAAUUGGACGCAAAGCUUGUCAAAGAGUUCUUCUUGAUUUCAAGAUUUCAUGCAUCCUUCAAAGAAGUUAUUCAUCGAUUGAAUGUACAGAAUGGGCUCAUUUGGAAUUACUGAAGGCCUUGAUAACAGUUCACUCGAAAGCAAACGAUGCCUUGUCUUUAGCCAAAGAGUUAAUUGCUUUGAAUAACAUAUCAGACGACGACAUCGCAUCCAUCAUAUGCACCGAAACAUUAUAUAUCCUGAAGAAUGAGUCCCAAGAAUACGAGAAUCGAAGAGAGUCUUCGUUUUCUAAUUUAGUCGAAAUGAGUACAAGUUUUCUAUCGAUGGUUAGGCUUCUGAACGACACCACUAUUUUAGGGACCAAACUAUUGGCUGAAUCCGAUAAACUUCUCAACGAUUCCAAUAAUAAUUUUAUUUUAACCAAACUUUAUAUCAAAGCUCACGAAUGCUUUGCACACGAAUGCGAUGUGAAAGGGAUUGCACUUGUCUUGAGA